AUGGAAACAGAAUGGCAGGUUGAUCAAUUAACUGAAUUUGAUGAAAUUGGAGAUGAUUCAAGGAAUAGAAUGUACUACAUCACUCUAUACAAGCAACGUUUACAUGAUAUUCAUUCUCAUGAAAAUCUGCUUACUGAAUUUACAAAUUCACGUCUAAAAUUACAUCAAAAUCGUUUGGAUAAAUAUCGUAAAUUUAUAGAACACUAUCAGAGAUUUGAUGAAUGGCUUAUCAAUACAGAAGUUAAGUUAAACUAUGUUAUAGAAGAUAUUGCUGGAAAAAUUGAACAUUUAAUCCCUGAAAUUUAUAAAACUGAAAAUGAACAAUUAUCUAUGUCCAUAGAUAAAGAAUACAAUCAAACAGAUGUCGAUUCGACUAUAGAAAGUCUAUCAAUCAACAAAAAAGACAACAGUUUAUUAUUACAUAUUGAAGAGAUCAAUAAAUUAUGGUUAUCUAUCAUAACUAAUGCAGAAAAUCAAUUAAACGUUAUAGACUCAUUAUUUUUAACUAUUCAAAAGGAUAUUCACAAUUCAAGUGACCUUGAGACAAAAAUCAAUACCGUCAAAGAUCAUAUAUUCUCUACUUUAAGACAAAAAAUUGAUAAUCUUUUAGAAAAUUUAAAAGAAUAUCAAAAUGUUAGUGAAGAAUUUUGGAAUGAUAUGACAAAGAUGCAGAUAUAUUUAACUGAUCAAGAGAAAAGAUUAUUUCAAUUUACGUCUAUGGGACAAAUGUGUUAUAAUCCAAUCGAUAUUUCAUCAAUACAAUCAAAAUCAUCUUCAAUUAUGAUUGGUAUGCUACAAUUACCUGAUAGUCAAGAUGAUAAACUAUUCUGUGUUGAAUCAUUGAAUAAAAUCUAUAAUGAUUUAAAUAGUAUUGAAUGUUUAAAUUUAAUUCAAAUAUUAAAUAAUUCAUAUGAUCGUUUAAUUUCUAUUCUGAAUACUGUUAGACAAAUGGGAUCAUCACAUCGAAGCAUUGUAACAAGUAAUGAUAGAUUAGAAAAACAUUUAAAUUAUAUACAUAAUUAUAUGAUACGUUUAAAGAAACACUGUGAAAAUUUAUUAAGAUAUUGGCAGUUGGCUGUUGAUAAUCAUACAAAUUUCAACAGACUUUCAUUUCAUGUCAAGAUGAAUUUUCAGGGAUUCAAACAGUUUUCAAUCAAGGCUAUCCUAUGA